AUCGCAAUCAUGGCCGACGUCCAGGAGCGCCUCAAGAAGCUCGGUGCGAGCGCACGCAUUGGGUACGUUCUUGUCAACUUUUUCUUUUCCCAAGCCUCGAUCGAUUCUCGCAGGAAGACGUUGCGCUCUUGUGCGAACGACCAACUCCCGGCUUGUACGACAGGGCAAAAUGGUCGAUUUUCAGUGCGGAAGACUGGCGGUGGAUCUGGUGGAGAUGAGGGGAAAUAUGGCAAGGGAACUCCCCGGAGGAAGAUGAAGCGUGCGCCCGCACGGUCCGGUGGUGAUGACAAGAAGCUCCAGCAGACCCUCAAGAAGCUCAAUGUCCAACCCAUUCAGGCCAUUGAGGAGGUCAACAUGUUCAAGAGCGACGGCAACGUCAUCCACUUCGCUGCUCCUAAGGUCCACGCUGCUGUCCCCGCCAACACCUUCGCCAUCUACGGCAACGGUGAGGACAAGGAGUUGACAGAGCUCGUCCCUGGCAUCCUUAACCAGCUUGGCCCUGACUCGCUCGCCUCUCUCCGCAAGCUUGCUGAGAGCUACCAGAACAUGCAGAAGGCUGAUGGCGACAAGGAGGCUGAUGAUGACGACAUCCCCGAUCUGGUUGCUGGCGAGAACUUCGAGGACAAGGUCGAGUAA